UAAAAUGAGUUUGACACCCCUGGUCUAUAGCGUGGUAAAGUUCUUUAAAAGCAUUCUUGCUUCGGACCCUGAAACACACUUCUCUAUUCAGUUAUGGAAACUAAAUCAACUAAAUACUAUUUCUAAAUACUUAGAUAGUAAAAACACUCCUCGCAUGUGUUGAAAAGAACGAUCAAAGACGGCCUAGCAGAAGUUGUUAAUGUGUUUAAUGGCACGCCGCCAGCGGCCGACAAUAUAAAGGGCAUUAGUGGACAAUACAUUAGCUCCCUCCCUCAGAGCCUCAAUCAUCCUGUCUGCUACUGGAGUGGAAGAGAGAGAGAGAGAGAGAGUAUAUGUUUUUGUUCUGGGGCAGAAAGGCUCCGGCCUCAGGAUGUUGCCUUUAAAGCUGAAGAAGUGGGUUUCCUGUGGAGGAAACGAUCACAGAACAGACGAGGCUCGGUCGAGACACCGUGUUCCCGACAUUUGUUGAGCGCAGGUCACCCGGCUGCAGAGCGGGCAGCACGCGCUGGAGGGACGACGUCGGCCUCGCGGCCCCGAGUGGUGUGCGUCUCCCCUGAUGGAUCCCGGAUGCUUUGGAGAUCUGUCGACUGACGCCACAUAAUCCGAGCCGGACCUUUUUCCUCAAGGGAAUGCGUUCAUGAAUCAUAAGCCAUGGCCAAGAUGACAAGUGGACGCGUCAAACGGAUGCAUUGAACUCAUCAGGGUUUGGCUUUGAGUGAGUGACACCGACUCAUCCUCCUGCAUCUGUCCAUCCAUGCCCGAGUGAGGUCACCUGUCGUGUCAGGUGCUUCGACCAACAGAGACAUGUCCAAUGACAGCUGCAACCUUCCGUUGGACACGGACACCUUCGGCCUGACCUGCAUCUAUGGCCUGAUCUUCUCGUUGGGUCUCCCCAGCAACCUGCUGUCCCUCUGGGGACUGUACCACCUGGGCCGCUCCGGGGGAGGCGGCUGCCAGCUGGUCUACAUCCUCAACCUGCUGCUGUCGGACCUCCUCCAGCUGCUCACCCUGCCGCUGUGGAUCCUCUAUCUCCAAGGCGGUCACCGCUGGCCCUACAGCCAGCUGACGUGCGAGCUGGUGGGCUACGUGUUUUACGUGAACGUCUACGCCAGCGUCAUGUUCUUGUGCCUGAUAGCGCUGGACCGCUGCCUGGCCAUCGUGUACCCGCUGAGCAGCCGCAGAGUGCGGACGGUCCGGGUGGCGGCGCUGUCCGGCGUGGCGGUUUGGACCCUCACCUUCCUGUUCUGUCUGAGCGGGCUGCUGCCGUCGGUGUUCGACCCCGACAGACUGCUGUGUCUGGAGCAGUACCCCGUCAGCCCCAGAUACGCCCGAUUCAAGAUCACAACCGUGGCCCUGGGCUUCCUGCUGCCAUGCGCCAUUCUCGGCUACACCUCGGCCCACAUCGGGGUGACACUCCGGCGAUCCCCGUCCCUCUCCGACCACGAGCGGCGCAAAAUCGUGGGCAUCCUCGUCGUGAUCACCGUCAACUUCAUCGUCGUGUUCGGACCCUACCACCUCGUGGGCGGUUACAGAUUCGUGUCCCUGCUGCUGACCGACGAGCCGUGCGGAAUGGAGCGUUCCAUUUUCCUGGUCUACCGCCUGUGCUACGGUCUGACCAGCCUCAACACCCUGCUGGAUCCCCUCUUCUACAUCUUCCUGUGCCCCGAUGCCCGGCUGGAGCUGCAGAGAUCCCUGCCCUGUGUGGGAAGGGGGCAAAGCACCGGCAAAAAGAUCGGCCUCAGUAUCAGAGCGCCCUCGGACGGCCAGAAGGAGAGGGGAACGGGACAUAACAGUCUUCUAGAAGUAUGACUUGGAUUUGACCUCAGAGCUGAGCUCCUGGUAUUCAGUCAAAGCAAGUGUGCCACCUAGUGGACGUGAACAGUUUUAACUGCACUUAAUUUAUGUGCUUCGACCUCAUUGGCUGAAAGACUUCCACUCGUUCAGUUUCCAGUGACUCGUGAUGAUCUGGAAUCUGUUUCAGAGGAUGAAAAUAGAAGCACACAUAUCUCAAAGUGAUUUAAACUCAACACGAUAUAAUUUAGCGCAAAUAUGCCAAGAAUCAACUCUUUUGUGAAAUCCAUAUGCGAUGUAAACCGGGACGAUCCAUCUCUUCACCGGAUUGGUUUUCUGACGAGUGUAUGGCAAUUAAUCAAUCAUUUUACAAUCAAACCAUGUUUGUUAUUUUACUGUCAUGUUACAAUUAAAACUGUAACAACAAUU